CCUGCAGCGGGUUCCCGUUCCCAGAAGCAAGAAAAAAGAAAAAAAAAAUAUAGUUACCUUCCUUACUACUUGGUGUCGUCUGGCCCCAAUCUUCAUUCUUUCAUACUUCCAACCUCAACUUCGGUCCAUUCACAUCUUAAUUCUAAACGAUGGCUGCCGAUAAGAUGGACGUUGAAGCUGCCGAGCAGCAGCUCAAGAGCAUGGCUCAUUCUGAGCAGCAUUAUUUUAACAGCUACAAUCACCAUGGAAUUCACGAGGAGAUGCUGAAAGAUGAAGUCCGCACAAGAUCCUACAUGAAUGCCAUCGUGCAGAACAAGCACCUCUUUAAGGAUAAGGUCGUUCUUGACGUUGGUUGCGGAACAGCCAUCCUCUCCAUGUUCGCUGUCAGAGCUGGAGCCAAGCACGUAAUCGGCGUUGAUAUGUCAACCAUCAUCUUCAAGGCCAGAGAAAUUGUCAAGGUCAAUGGCAUGGAAGACAAGAUCACCCUCAUUCAGGGCAAGAUGGAAGAGAUUGAGCUGCCCUUCCCCAAGGUCGACAUUAUCAUCUCGGAGUGGAUGGGCUAUUUCCUCCUCUACGAGAGCAUGCUUGACACUGUCUUGUACGCCCGCGACAAGUUCCUCGAGAAGGAUGGUUUGAUCUUCCCGGACAAGGCCACCAUCUUCGCCUGCGGUAUCGAGGAUGGCGAAUACAAGGACGAGAAGAUUGGAUUCUGGGAUAACGUCUACGGGUUCGAUUACACCCCCCUGAAGGAGACUGCCCUAGCCGAGCCUCUCGUUGAUACGGUAGAGAUCAAGGCGGCUGUAACAGACCCCGCCGCAGUUUUGACUCUUGAUCUCUACACCUGCACAACGGCCGAUCUUGCCUUCUCGAUACCCUUCAAGUUGACGUCUCGACGUGACGACUUCAUACACGCUCUUGUGGCAUGGUUCGAUAUCGACUUCACGGCAUGCCAUAAGCCCGUCCGCUUCUCAACUGGCCCCCACACCAAGUAUACCCAUUGGAAGCAGACCGUCUUCUACCUAAACCAGGUCUUGACGGUACAGCAAGGAGAGGAGAUCAGCUUCAAGUUGGACGUUAGGCCUAACGACAAGAACCGACGUGAUCUGGACAUCAAGAUUGACUACCUCCUAGAGACCCAAGAUAGCACUCGGCGUGCCGAGGGCACUUGCGAAUAUAAGAUGUGCUAGAGGGGAUGAAUCUUCGAAGAGCGCGUCUCGUAUUACAAUGUCUUGCAGCUUAACGGGACUCGGGCUGGCCAGUCCCCCAACUAGUAGACGUGGUUUGCGAAGCGGACAACAAGCUGCAAAGCAUCAAUUCGACAGCCUUGCAUCAUGGCGUGGCGACCGGGGUUUGUACGGCGUUGGGAGGCAUAGAAUUUAUUCUCCUCAGGUCAAGAGGGAAGAGGAACUGCCGUCUGCGAGGAAAUGGAACUAUGUUCGGGAUAAUUGUAUGAUAUGGAUCAUACUUGAUGACUGAUGAAGAUUACGAUAGAUAGUAACUCCUACACGUCCCUCGAGAUGUCACCAUAUAGAAGGUGACGAUUGAGAGGUUGAUGGGUCAGUCAGGAUCACCGCUCAGGUAGUCGUUAAUAUACCUACUUGAUGGAUAUUCUAUUACUUUGAUGCGUGAUUAUAAUUUGAUUAUCAUUC